AAAAGAUUAAGUAGGAAAAACGUCGAAUUAGGCGGUCUUGGUUUUCGAAGACUCGGACCGUUCAAUGAUGCUUUACUUACAAAGCAAUGCUGGAGAUUGGUGAUGUCGCCCGAUUCCUUGGUUGCCCAGGUCAUGAGGAGCCGCUACUAUCCUCGUGGAGAUUUCUGGACUGCUCAGAGGGGAUAUAACCCCAGUUAUGCAUUAGGAGUAUUUGGGGGGCUCGCUCGAUACUUCGUGAGGGUGUCUUCUGGCGAGUUGGUGACGGCAGAACAAUUCGGGUCUGGCAUGAUCAUUGGAUACCGGCUACUAAUUCAGGUCUUGGUGGGAUUCCAUCGGGCCCGUUGGGUUUGGAGGCUCGUGUUGAAGAAUUAA